GCGAAGCAGACACUGCUCGAGAGUUGGGCGGCAGCAUCAGCAGUACCAGCAACAGCGCCACACACGGAGUGCACUAUGAAUGGAGCCCCGUUGGUGAUCUUAUUGCUCGCCGUGGGAGGUUCGGAGUGUGCCAAGAUCUUGGCCGCUUCGCCCUUUCCCGCCAUCAGCCAUGUGUUGCCUAUGAGGCACAUAGUCUUGGAACUCGCUAGGAGGGGACACGACGUGACGUUCAUCACACCAGAUCCAAUCAAAAAGCCUAUAAAAAAUUUGACGGAGAUCGACAUAUCGCCGACGUAUAAACACCUUAGGAUGUCUGUCAGAUGGAUGGACCUCGCCAUGCGUGACUGGAGCCCUAUGGAGUUUGCGUCAGGCAUACCAGGCCCCUCAGGUCCUCUCUGCGAAGAUGGGCUUAAUAGUCCAGAGAUGAUCAGCUUCUUGAAGUCGGCGCAGAAGUUCGACCUGUACAUCAUGGAGAGGUCGUUGUUGCCGUGCUUCUACGGCGUGGCUCACGCAGUGGGUUCGCCACCCAUGGUGGGGCUCGUGACCCUCGGAGCCUAUCCUUACACCCACUGGACGCACGGUAACCCGGACAACCCAGCCUAUUCACCCUGGUGGGCCCAUCCUUAUUCCGACCAUUUGUCAUUUUGGCAGAGGCUCUACAGCUCUUGCGUAUGGUUCUACUUCAAUUAUCUGUGGUUCAAUGUUGUGUUGCCGAAACACGACGCUAUAUUGAAGAAUAAUUUUGGUCCUGAAGUGCCGUCGAUAUUCGAACUGGAGAGAAAUUUCAGUCUGAUGCUCAUCACUAACCACUUCACCCAGAGCUACCCCAGACCGAACCUUCCGAAUUUCGUGGAAGUCACUGGGCUACACAUCCAGCCAGAUGUUAAACCUCUUCCCCAGGAUAUUCAGUACUGGCUGGAUGAAGCAACUGAAGGUGUUAUCUACUUCAGCCUAGGUACCAAUGUACUGAGUAGCACAAUGCCACCAGAAAAGCGACGGGCUUUCCUCGACGCCUUCUCCCAACUGCCGCAGAGAGUGCUCUGGAAAUGGGAGGAGGACGACACGACAGACCUGCCACCUAACGUCAAACUGUCCAAGUGGUUGCCACAACAGUCUGUACUUGCACAUCCUAACGUGAAGGUCUUCAUCACCCAAGGCGGCCUGCAGAGUUUUAAUGAAGCCACUUACUAUGGUGUCCCUUUAAUUGGGAUUCCAUUCAUGGGUGACCAGCACUACAACGUUGAAAAAAUGGUAACUGCCGAAAUUGGCUACAGACUGCAGUUCCGGCAUGUCACGAAGGAUACUGUUUUAGAGGCUAUACGAACGGUUCUUGAGAAUCCCAGUUACCAUGAAAACAUGAAGAGGUUGUCAGCAAUAUACCGUGAUCACCAGGCACAGUCGCUACCACAAGCCAUCUGGUGGAUAGAAUACGUACUGCGGCACCAUGGAGCUCGACAUCUGCGAAGCGCUGCCAUGGAUCUCACUUGGUACCAGUUUCUGCUGCUAGAUGUCACUGCCUUCCUGCUGGCUAUCACAACAAUUGCUGCUGUUAUGUUACACUCACCGGCGAGCUAUCUAAUGUCACACAUAUUUAAGACAAAAAAACACAAGACUCAAUGA